GCUUAUUACAUAGCUUAUUUCUUUUGAAUAUUAUUUCCUUUUCAGCCCUAUUUUGUCAUCUGUGAAUAUCAGGUUCAUUGUGAACAUUACCUAAGUACCUACACAAAGAUAGCUUAUAAGAGUAAGCUCUGCCCCUGUUCUAGUGACAUGUGAUGCUAUGACAACCUCAAAACUACACAUGACAUAUUAUAGUCACUUGCUGCCUAAAAUGAUCGCUAUAUUGUCCCUUUUCCUAGUAGCCGUUGGUGUCUACUUGUGUUAUCAAUGGUUUCUCCCUAAACCCCUACCAGGAAUCGCGUACAAUCCGGAGGCAACGAGGUCAUUGUUUGGAGAUGCGCCUUCUAUGAGCCGUGAGCUUCAUGCCACUGGUGAAUUUAGCAAGUGGCUGGCUAAGCAAAUUGAAAACGUGAGAUCACCAAUUUGUCAAGUCUUCGUUCGCCCUUUCUCCUUGCCAUGGAUUUUAGUAGGAGAUUACCAAGAGUGCCAGGAUAUUUUGAUGAGACGGCCAGAGUUCGACAAGGCUGGGUACUUGAUUGAUGGCUUGCAAGGUCUAGGCGACUUUCAUGCUCGGUACAAGACGAAUGGUGAUUUUAGAGCCCGUCGCCAUCUGAGACAGGACUUGAUGGCACCGAGCUUCCUUCAUAACACUAUGGGCCCUUUCAUGCACUCCGAGGGGAUUAAGUUGAUCAAGCUCUUGGAGAUCCAGACGAACCUUGCUAAUGGGCGGCCUUUCUCUAUCUUGUCGGAUUAUUGGCACACUGCUCUUGAUGUAAUGACUUAUUACGCAUUUGGUGGCAAUAUGAACGAUCCCGCAUUGGACCCUCAGUUGGAACUGAUUUCAAAGAUACGACCAUCUGAAAUUCCUGAGGGGCAUGUCGACGAGCCAGUAACAUUUCCCGAGGCCCCUCUAAGCGAAUUUCUCCUAGCAGUCCAGGACGCCCCUCGUGUUUUGGAGAAGACAGCGGUCUCCUGGGUUCCAAAGCUUAGUUUUUGGUGGUGGAAACGUCAAGCCUGGGUCAAGACGAUUUUCUUCCAUAAGGAUCGGGUUCUUCCGCAACAGCUCAGGAAGGCGUUUGAAGUCUACAAGGCGGGCAAGGUCCAGUCUGCACUCGAACACAUCAUCAUGCGAGAGGGAAUGGCAGCAGAAAAGGAGGGACGUCAACCCCAGUUCAUAACCCAAAGCAUCGCGGACGAAAUAUUUACCGAUGUAAUAUCUGGACAUCAUACCACUGGCGGAGUCAUGGCCUGGAUGACUAAGUACCUAACCGAUUAUCCUUACGUCCAGUCGAAACUCCGUGAUGCCUUGUACUCCGCGAUCCCCGAAGCGGUGCGAGAAAAACGACUGCCCACAUUCGAAGAAUUAAGGCACGCUCGAAUACCCUACCUCGAGGCGGUGAUCGAAGAGACAAACCGACUGACCCCUUUUACUAUUGUGAGGGAGGCAGCACGCGAUACCGAAAUCUUGGGCCGUAGGGUCCCAAAGGGCUGUCAGGUCUUUAUGGUCAACGCCGGACCCGGCUUCCUGUCGCCAUCAAUCCCCGUAGACGACGUUUUACGGAGUCCAACGUCUAAGGCCGCCAAGUCUAGAGGUAAAUGGGACGAGACGAAGGACCUAAAGACCUUCGAACCAGAACGAUGGCUUAUCCACAACGAAGAUGGCGGUGUUGAAUUUAACAGUACCGCGGGACCUCACCUUAAUUUUGGUGCGGGCAUUCGGCAAUGCUGGGGUAGGAAGAUGGCGCACUUGGAAAUCAGAACAGUUAUGGCCUUGGUGAUUUGGAAUUUUGAGUUGCAGGAGAUUCCUGAGCAGCUCGGGGGUUACGCCGGAUACGAUGGAAUCGCACGCGAACCACAGAAGGCUUUUGUGAGACUGAGAAAAUUAAGCCCUUAAUCAGCAUUUAUAUGUACAUUCAUAUGUCACAGUCUAGAGCCACUAGUGGCUCACAUACAUGGCCUUGGCCUUACCCCUAUGUGAGGCUACUUUCGUUUAACCGUCCACCUCUGCAACAUCGUGCGGGUUCAUCUGGCGGUAGCGAUACCAUCCAAAUUAAUUGAAAGAGUUAUCAUAUAAUUUUUCGUCGACUCUUAUGCCCAUAGUCAACUUUUAUUAUGUAGUUGCCAACUGAUUACUCUGGCAGGGGUCCGUCGGACAGUUUCUUCCUUAGGAGGUACAUUGCGCAUCUUUAAUGUCUACCAGGUUAGCGAAGACC